GUAAUGAUCACAAGGAUCAGACGACCCAGGAGGAGACGGAGAGCGGGGAGUUGGAGACACCGUUCGCGACUCCGUUGUCUCAGGUGAACGAGGAGGAAGGGGAGGGAAUUCCUGGGUCUGAACGCAUUGCUGUUGAUCUGGCAACGGAGAGUUUGGAGAAUGAUAAGCGAGAGGCUGAUGAGGUUAAAGUGCGAGUAAUGGCCGCUGCGGCGGCGGCAGAAGAGGCUUUUCCCUCACCAAAAGAUGAGUUGGGCGUCGAGAUCGUUCGGUCUGAGAAGGGAGAGCCUUGGGACGCCGAGGGUGCCAAGGAACCGGUUAAUCCUGUGGAGCAGAGUGUUGUUGCAAGCGAAGAGGUGGAACGAGAAAAGGAAUCCCUGGCUGAGUCUCCGAAAGAGGCAUUGCCUGCGGUGGAUCCUCCUCCGUCCCAUGAAUCUGAAGUGAAGAUAGUCCCUCAUCCAGAAAAGGAUGCAGUCGAAAAACAGCCCCGUGUGAGUGCGGAAGCCAGACAAGGUAGUGGUAGAGCAGAGACGGUGGCGACUACUGAGGUUGUGUCACGUGGCCCACAGGUUGUGCAUCGUGCGAGAUGGUGGAAUUGCUGUGGACUGCUUGAUGUUCUGGUGCACUCUGAAAGAUAAUCUCAGAAGCAGAACGUGAAGAUAUAGUAUGAUAGUUGAUAAAUUAUCUACCAUAAUAGGCCAAUCAAUAUUAGUCAAUGAAAUUAUGACGUUUGAGAGUUUUGAAUAAGCGACGGUGAAAUUUCAACUGCAAAGCUCUAUGGUUUGGUCUAGCGGUUUGAGAGGAUAUCCAAAUUGUGUGGCUUGGAAACAAAUUUUCUGCUUUUCACAAUUGAGAUUUACUUUGAUUCCUCUCAUCCAAGUUGAAUUUAACGUGUGGUCUGAAGAAGUAUUAUUUCAGCAUUUUCGGAACUAAUCAUCAUGUUAUCUUAUAUAUAGCCAACAUAUUUGCGCAUGUAUACAAUUCCAUGUUUUCCCUUUAUGGGUUUGCAUUUAAAUACUUAUGUAUAUGUGCGUGUGUGCAUUUGUCGAUGUCAUGGUAUAUAAAGUUUAGAAUAAGAGGAUGCUAUUUAUUAUUGAUGAUAUAUGGUCCUGUACAUGGAUGAUAAAUCAUUAUGGCUGGUAUAUUUGGUGAUAGAAAAAUGAUUAUAAACUGGAUGAAACAUUGUUUUAGAAGAUA